AUGGAGCAGGACGGAUCGACGGCUGUGAUGAAGUGGAAGCUUCAAGAUUUCUGCUUCUGGAUAAAACCCGUCCCUGCACCAUCUUCUCUUUUACACCAACAAAAACCCCAAAUUCUUAUUGAGCAAAUGGCAUCAACUUUUACUGGCAUCUCCUCAGUUGGAUCCUUGGCUGCUGCCAACUGCCGUGAUCACAAACUUGCAACUUCUUCAAACAAGUUGUCAUCUUUGGCUUCUAUAACUUCAAGUUCAUUUGGAAGGAGAAAGAAUAUUGUUCUCCAGAAAACCUCCUCUCCCCAGAUAAGAGCAGCUGCAAAGGAAUUGUAUUUCAACAAGGAUGGAUCGGCUAUUAAGAGAUUGCAAAUUGGUGUGAACAAGCUUGCUGAUUUAGUUGGUGUCACUCUUGGACCUAAAGGCAGAAAUGUGGUUCUAGAGAGCAAGUAUGGUGCCCCAAAAAUUGUCAAUGAUGGAGUUACAGUGGCUAAAGAGGUUGAGUUGGAGGAUCCAGUUGAGAACAUUGGUGCUAAACUGGUGAGGCAAGCUGCUGCGAAGACUAAUGACUUGGCUGGGGAUGGGACGACAACAUCUGUUGUUCUUGCACAAGGUCUCAUUACUGAAGGUGUUAAGGUGGUGGCAGCUGGUGCAAAUCCCGUCCUUAUUACCAGAGGAAUUGAGAAAACCUCCAAAGCCUUAGUGUCUGAGCUCAAGUCAAUGUCAAAAGAGGUGGAAGAUAGUGAACUGGCUGAUGUUGCUGCUGUAAGUGCUGGGAAUAACUACGAAGUAGGAAACAUGAUUGCUGAAGCUAUGAGCAAAGUAGGCCGGAAGGGUGUUGUGACUCUUGAAGAGGGAAAAAGUGCCGAAAACAAUCUGUAUGUUGUGGAAGGAAUGCAGUUUGAUCGUGGCUACAUCUCUCCUUACUUUGUUACCGACAGUGAGAAAAUGUCUGUUGAGUUUGAGAACUGCAAGUUACUACUCGUUGACAAGAAAAUAACAAACGCAAGGGAUCUUAUUAACGUAUUGGAAGAUGCUAUUAGAGGUGGGUAUCCUGUCUUGAUAAUUGCUGAAGAUAUUGAGCAAGAAGCUCUGGCAACUCUGGUGGUCAACAAGCUAAGGGGAACCUUGAAAAUUGCUGCUCUCAAAGCUCCUGGUUUUGGUGAAAGGAAGAGUCAGUAUCUUGACGACAUUGCAAUUCUAACUGGAGCUACUGUUAUUAGAGAAGAAGUUGGGCUUACCUUAGACAAUGCUGACAAAGAAGUUCUGGGCACUGCUGCAAAGGUGGUGUUGACCAAGGACGCUACGACAAUUGUUGGUGAUGGAAGCACUCAGGAAGCUGUAAAUAAGCGUGUUGCACAGAUAAGAAACCUUAUCGAGGCUGCUGAGCAAGAUUAUGAAAAGGAAAAACUGAAUGAAAGAAUUGCAAAAUUAUCGGGAGGCGUAGCUGUGAUCCAGGUUGGAGCUCAAACUGAAACAGAGCUAAAAGAGAAGAAACUUAGAGUAGAAGAUGCUCUUAAUGCAACGAAGGCUGCUGUUGAGGAGGGAAUUGUUGUUGGAGGUGGAUGUACAUUGCUGAGACUGGCAUCCAAGGUCGAUGCCAUUAAGGAAACCCUAGAGAAUGAUGAAGAGAAGGUUGGAGCAGAUAUUGUCAAAAGAGCUUUGAGUUACCCUCUGAAGUUGAUAGCCAAAAAUGCUGGUGUCAAUGGAAGUGUUGUAAGUGAGAAGGUGCUCUCUAGUGAUGAUCCAAGAUAUGGAUACAAUGCUGCCACCGGAGAGUAUGAAGAUUUAAUGUCUGCUGGGAUAAUCGAUCCAACCAAGGUGGUCAGAUGUUGCUUAGAACAUGCAGCCUCCGUGGCCAAGACAUUCUUGAUGUCCGACUGUGUGGUUGUUGAGAUCAAGGAGCCUGAACCAGUUCCUGCUGGGAACCCAAUGGACAGUUCAGGAUACGGUUACUAA